AUGCGGGCCCUUCUCCUUCUGGGGCUGAACCCUGUGUCCGCCUCCCUCCAGGACCAGCACUGUGAGAGCCUGUCCCUUGCCAGCAACAUCUCCGGGGAGCUCCAGAUCUUCCAGACAGAGAGGACAAGGGGGGAGGAGAGGGAGGAGACUGCCCUUCUCCUUCUGGGGCUGAACCCUGUGUCCGCCUCCCUCCAGGACCAGCACUGUGAGAGCCUGUCCCUUGCCAGCAACAUCUCCGAACUGCAGUGCAACACGUCCGUGGACCUCAUCGGCACCUGCUGGCCCCAGAGCCCAGCGGGGCAGCUGGUGGCUCGGCCCUGCCCUGCCUUUUUCUACGGUGUCCGCUACAACACCACAAUGUCCCUCAUCUCCCUGUGCCCACAGGCCCUUCUCCUUCUGGGGCUGAACCCUGUGUCCGCCUCCCUCCAGGACCAGCACUGUGAGAGCCUGUCCCUUGCCAGCAACAUCUCCGAACUGCAGUGCAACACGUCCGUGGACCUCAUCGGCACCUGCUGGCCCCAGAGCCCAGCGGGGCAGCUGGUGGCUCGGCCCUGCCCUGCCUUUUUCUACGGUGUCCGCUACAACACCACAAACAAUGGCUACCGGGAGUGCCUGGCCAAUGGCAGCUGGGCCGCCCGCGUGAAUUACUCCGAGUGCCAGGAGAUCCUCAACGAGGAGAGGAAGAGCAAGGUGCACUACCACAUAGCUGUCAUCAUCAACUACCUGGGACACUGUGUCUCCCUGGUGGCCCUCCUGGUGGCCUUUGUCCUCUUUCUGCGGCUCAGGUGA